AUGGCUGCUCCUGCUCCUCCACUUGCCACUCCAUCUGGCAACUCUAGAGCCCGUGAUUGGCCUCGAACAGAGCUGGGAUCCUCUGCGUUCGGGGGAAACCCCAGAGGCGGUCGAGGUGGUGGUGGCGGAAGGGGAAGGAGCAGAGGCGGUCGUGGUCGAGGGCCGAACCCUAACUCCAACUCCACCGGCCACAGUAAGGACAAUGGCGGUGCCGAGCCUUCGCAUGCUUCGAAGAAUGAUAAAUCAACGAACAACGAAUCGUUGCCGCCCAAAGCGACACCGGCCAGUACGACAUCAACACCGGAUCCUAAACCUAAGCCAUCUCCCAAUCCUUCGAUCUCGGCGCUGUCUAAUACCACCACUCCUUCGUCGGGCUCGCGGCGUCACGGUCGUAAGCCAUCGCGCUCCACACCAUUGGUCGUUCCUGCGGUACUUGUGGGUGGACCAUCUCCCUCGACCGUACUCCCUGCUACAGCGCCUGUCCCCCGACCUUCGAACCGCCGUCGCCGUUCACAGCAGAGUGCGAAGGGAGGAAAUGGGGCUAUCAGCACCGGCGGAAGUAAUCUCAAAGUCAAUGUACCGGCAUCGGACGAUAGCACCCUUCUCCGGCCGCAGAACAGACUCCUAGCGCCCCGCAGUGCUCCGCCUCCCUCAAAGGAUACGCCUCCUCACUUGGCCGGAUCAUUCAGGCAGAAUGACAUUGAUGCCUUUGUGGAACGAGUGCGAGCCUCUGCGAUGGAAAGUAACCGCCCCAAUACUCCAGGCAGUCACAUCGAUUGGGCUGGUGACGACGACGAAAGCUUGCCGGAUCUUGAUGAUUGGGGUGUGAAGACCGUCACACAGGAGGAGAAGCCAGUGGAGCCCGAGCCCAAGGAUAGCGUGCAAGCCCAAAAGGACAUGAUGAUUUCUCCCAUCAUCGUCGAUGGGCUGACUGCAUUGCCGGAUCCAGUUGCGCCCCCUGCAGAUGUCAAAGAGGAGGCGGUGGUCCCUUUCAGUGCCGACGAGCAGCCGAGGAUGGAAAGCACGCCUCCUCCGACGUCCCUCCAGCCGGCCGCUGAAAAAUCCUCCGAGCCUGCCGUCCAGCCGGCGCCUCUUUCUGGGCUCGCUGCGUCCAUCUACGCGCCGUCGAACUCUGAUGAUCCGGCAGAGACUUUCCAUCCGACGCAUCAAAGGGCCCAUACCGUCGGCAGAACGUUUUCGAGGUCUGCGCACAACCUGAACCAGCGGGACACGAGGGGAACCAGGACGCCGGGAAACCAGCAUGCCCGGACGCACUCGUCGCCCCCUGCUUCUGUGCGCAACCCACGGCCUCCGCACGCCAGACCCGUCAUCACGGGAGCCGCAAUUUCAAGGCUUGCGCGCACCAUCGCCGCUCCAAGCAAGACCCCAUGA